CUGCUGCAGACUCAGUCGUCAAGCCACCACCCUCGCAUCUCCUCGCCCGACCUCCCGUCACAGUACCUCCCUCGUCUGUAAUAUUUCUGGCACCCUUACCCGGCCCCCAUGGAAGAAGAUCCCUUUGGCGCGGUCUGGGGCACCCCCGAUCCCUCACCCCUGGCGCCAAAACCUAUUGCGGCCGCUUUCUCGUCCGGCCCAUCCGCGGAUGGCUUUGACGAUUUUGACGAAUUCGGGACGCCUGCAGAGACGAUAGCCACCUCUGGCACUGACGGUGACGACGAUUUCGGGGAUUUUGGAGACUUCGGGGAGGCACAGGAUCUGGGCGAGGGUCCCACAUUCGAAGAGGACGUAGCCUUUGGGGAGGAGGUGCGGAUAUCUGGUCCAUCGACGUAUGCUUCCGAUUGGGAGCCUCUGCGCUUGCGCCCGCUACCAUCCAGACGAGAGCUGCAAGAACACGUCGACCAUAUACUCGCGCCGUUAUGGGCGUCCAUUGACGAGUCGCAACUGACCGACGAAGACAUCCGACAAACGGGCGGACUGAACCAGACACUUAUCACUCCGGAGAGUCGCCAGCUGUAUAAGCUGCUGUUACCAAAUGCCCCUCCCACGGUGCAGCCUGUCAAUUGGACACGCUCGCGAAUAAGGAGACGACACCUCAUAUCAUUAGGCAUCCCCGUCAACCUUGACGAGGUCCUGCCAAAGGCGAACGGCAAGCUGCCGACGCUGGAGAUCACGACGCGACCCAUGUCCGCACCUCCCGGGCCCCGUACAGCACCGGUGCAGAAGACUGUGGCCUCACAAAGCAGCUCGCGUGUUGGAUCACGGCCGGGGACGCCAGUGACCAGUCUGCCAAACGCGGCGUCGAUGUCAGCCCAGUCGGUGUCUACGCAGCUUCGCCUUGGCCCACGGCCAGAGCUAGACGAACGCAGAUUGAAUCAGUUGCUGGAACUCAAUCCAAACAAACUGACGUUGCAACCGAUUGCUUCACUGGAAAGAUACCUGACAGACCUACAAUCGCACACGAUGCAGGUCUCCACCAUGCUCACACACUUGCUCCAGACGCGAGAUGCGUUGAAGCAAGACUCGGAGACCUACAACAAGCUUAUUGGAGAGCUGGUAGCAGAUGCGCAGAAAAGGAGCACGGCAAAGCGCGUCGCCGGCGGAAAGAGGAGUACAUUGUCUUAGGCUACGACCAUACACACCCCACAUACCAUUUAUUAUUCGUUGCAUUUGGACUUGAUCGCUGCAGUUAGCUCAACGAGCUGUUAGGCUGUUA